AUGUUCUUCUAUAUAUUGAUUUUUCCCCUGACUGCGGUGAUAACUAUUGCUGAAAACCCCAAUUGGUAUCCCGAUAAUGAUGAAGAAAUAAUAAAAAAAUGUAUGGAAGAUAGCAAUUACACACCCGGUUAUUUGUUAAUUAAUAGCCCAGAAUUACAUGCUUUCUAUCUUUGCACUGCCAAAGGUCUAAAUAUUUACAGUGAUGACUUGGGUCUAAAUAUAGAACGAUUUACUUAUACAUUUUUUCCAUCAACCAAUAACGUGGAUUGCAAGAAAACCUUGGUCCAGAAUUGCGCGGACCAAUACAAGGAAUUAACCUCUAAAGGCGAAUUGAUUUUUGAAGUGGCCAAAUGCAUAUCAAAUAAGAAAAAUGAACAUGAUGACAACUGUUGAAGUCGAUGUGAUUUGUUGUUUAGUGUUGGGUGUAUAAUUUUUUCAAGUUAUCCUAAAUAAUUAUUGUUUAUGGCUUAAUACUAAAAAGUCAUUAAAUAAUUAUUAAAAUAAAAAUUUCAUAAUAAGUAAUAUAAAAUAAUAAA